CCUUCCCUCGCUUCAGGCGAGGAGCUCAUCCUGGUGAUCUCCAGUAACGUCACGGCGGUCCUGGGGGAGGACAUGUCCCUGAGCUGCAGGUAUCUGGGUGAGAGUCAAAUCCAGAACGCAGAGUGGAGACGUCAGAUCCAGGGUAAAUACAAGCGACUGGCGGGAUUUUCAAACGGAGAGCCUUUCAGCCGCAACAACUUCACAGUCCCAGCCUCUCCCAGCAACCUCACGACUUAUAAAAGGGUGUCCGGUGUGGAAGAUGAGGGAAAGUAUGUUUGUGAGUUUAAGGAGGAGGAGGAUAUCCUCGAUGUCAGCAUAUUUGUUACUGUAAUAGCUCAGCCCGAUGUCCAGAUAAUGGUGGCUGCAGAGGCCAUAAAUGGCACUCACUACCAGUCUGUGUCGUGCUCUGCUGGCGGAGGCAGGCCCACGCCUCAGAUCAACUGGCUGGUCGGCGGCAGACCUCCUUCAGGGCACCCCUUCACCGUCGACGAGAGCAAAACUCUUCACCCUAACGGUACCUCCACUCUGAACAGCGUCCUCCGCUUCCCCACACACCUGCAGGACGAGGAGAGCGUGACCUGCGCCGUCCAACACCCGACCCUCCCAAACCCCAAACUCACCACAGCGAGGGUCGAGACGUACGCGAGGCCGAACGUGACCAUUAAAGCAGAGAUGAUAGAAGAAGGAGGAAAUGAUUUCUGGGUGGUCUCCUGCGUUUCAUCCGGAGGAAGACCUGACACUGACAUUUCUUUGGCUUUGAACGCGACGCCGGAGCUGCACAGAGAGAACGCCGCAGACUCAGACACGCAGAGACUCUCAGUCCGUCUCCCCGCAGCCGAGUACGAGGGUCACAACAUCACCUGUUUGUUUAACCACCUCAAAUUUUCACACACGCAGUCGCGAGUCACAACACUGCCAACUUUUUAUUUGGCUGGUCUUCAGUUUCACUCAGAGACAGGAAGCAGCGGCGAUGACGAUCAAGACGCAGAACUUUUAGAGCUGGAGGAAGGGAAGAGUGACGCAGCUAUCAGCCUGGAGGUCACAGGGAAUGUGCCACGCCACCGUGUUAUCUGCAAAAAAGACGGUGGACCCCUGCCUGAGGAUGUGGAGCUGCUCGGCAGGAACCUCACAUUUCAAGGUCCGCUGAAGCAGCAGCAGGCCGGUCUGUACGAGUGUGACUUCUCCUAUCACCACCUUCGAACAACGCUGAGGUUUAACGUCACGCUCAGACCUCCAGCUCCACAGCUGGUUCCUCCCACGGUUUGGGUUGGUUUGCAAAGUGAAACUGGACGCAGGGUGAUUGAGUGUGCAGUGAGGGAUGCUGUCCCUGCAGCCAAUGUGUCCUGGCUGCUACCAGAGGGUGUUUCUGAGGAGGACUCUUGGUUCAAUUCCACUUCUUCUAAUGGAAGCCACUCCGUCAGGGGAGUAUUACUCCUCCCAGCCUGCUUGCCCCGAGAACUCACAGCGCAGUGCGUGAUAAAUCAUCCAGCGUUUGAGGAACCGGAGACCAGAAGCAUUACACUCCCUCUUUGUGUUUUCCACACAGCUCGCCCCGACGUCACCGUGAGUGUGAGCCACGAAUGGAAAGAUGGUCACAAGUUCACGACUGUGCGCUGCUCUGCGGUCAGCGUGGCCUCGGCUGCAGCUCUGAGCUGGCACGCAGCGAGCAGCAACAGCAGCGUGGCUUCCGCGGAAGAAACCGAAGUCCAGGAUGAGGGUUUGGUGUCGACCCGAAGCUCUGCGCGUUUCCUGUCCAGUCGGCUCGCCGGACACAAUUUGACUUGCAUGGUGAAGCAUCCGAGUCUGGAGUUUCCUGAGAGCAGAACUAUAAGCAUUCCUCUGCACAAGACCCCUCAGCUGAGUCUGUCUGUGGUGAGACUGCAUGACACCCCGUCCUGGCUGGCAGUGUGUGACUGCAUAGGGGAGGGUGACGAGACAAACCUUGCAUGGGCCCUUCCUGAAAAUACCAGAAGUGAAACAUCCCUGCGCACAGAAUAUGAAGGAGACAUAAUGAGAGCCAGGCUGACCUAUCGGUUUCCUCUGGCUGCUCACGAGGGCCAGGACCUGACCUGCGUUUACCAUUUUGAAAACGGGAUCUCGGAGAAGAGGACCGUGCACAUCCCUAGAUACUAUAUCUCCUCGGUGAAAGUCCUGAACCACACAACUCCUCUGCAAAGCCGCCACAGCAGUGAGACUGUCACGCACAGACUGUCUGUCCCGGAGAACCUACAGAACCAAAAUGUUCAGCUGAGCGUUGAAGGAAACGUUCCAGAGUUCGACCUCGACUGUCGAAGGAGUGACGGCUCAGUCGUUCAAGUGGAUGGUUCUGCGAUGAUCCUCCCGUCAGAGCGGAUUAGCGGCCUGUACACCUGCUGGGCUUCUUUCUACCACCACAAAGCCUCCAUCAACAUCCAAGUGGAAGUGACGAGCGGAGAUGAACUGUUAAUGAUGGUCAUCAUGGUCUGCAUCUCCUCAGCCUCGGCCAUCCUCCUCUUCCUCUGCGUCGUCCUCUGCGUGUGCUGCAAAAGGAAGAAUAAAACACCGUACAAGGGACGCGAGUCGGUCUCAGCCCUGACCAGUCUGAUGCAGGAGCCCGGAUCUCCAGAGGUGAGGAAACCAGGAGCAGAGGACAGGAAGGAGUAUGCUCUGCUCACCAGUUACUCCAUAAUCAUAGACGUGAAGAGUGCAGUGUGAGCUUUAAAAAUCAAAUUUAGCUUUAACUGCAGUUUUACAGCUUCCUGUUUGAAAUCUGUGAAUUUUUUGUUCAUGUAGCAUCUGAAAUGAAGCUGAAUAUGUAGAGCUUUGAUCGGCAUUAAGACUUGGAAAAGCAUAAAUGUUGCACUUUUUUUUUACUUGAAUCUUGAUGUAUACACACUGUAUUACUUUUUUACAUUUUAAUAAAGCCAUUCAAUUUUCUUUUUUUUUUGCCAUGUUGUUUUUUUUUUCAAACAUAACCAUAUUUCAUGACAUAAACCACCCUUUAGUUAUUUUCACUCAGCUAAAAAAGUGAAAAACAUGGAGGUAUAAAACUUCCAAACAAGGAGCAGACUGAACUAUUCACUGGUUUAAAAUUUGAACCCAAGAUACUAAAAAAAAAAACACCAGAUUUGCUUAAAGUUUAUAGACUUUUAUCUGACAACAAACACAGUAUUUAAUUACUUUUCUUACAACUUAAAACACUGAACUCAACAGCUGAUGUCCAACCACAACAAAGAAAUUAAUCAGCAACAUAAACAAAACCACUAAAAGAUUGAUGCAGAAUAAUCCAGUUUGUUUUAUAAAUGUCUCAAAGAAAUCAAAUUAAUUUACAGAGGCAAUGCAAAAAGGUUUAUUUUGAAUAGUUGAGUAAGUAAAUAAAAAUGGGAUAAAGUUAAUUCUUAAAACUUUGCAACAUUUGAAUCAAAAUGGCUGGAUCCCAUCAUUUUUUAAAAUAAUUAAAAACAGUAAAUCUAUGUAAUGAUUUGGAUUUACAGUAAUUAUAAAAAAUAACAGCUUGUUUGUGAUGUUUAUUAAAACCUGACACCUACACUAACAUAACAGAAGCUUUAACAAAAGGAAAACAACAAAAUGCAUCAUUAGUUCAAAAUUCAACAUUUAAAUUCUCCACUUUAAAUCUUAAAUUGAGUCCUCUGGAUUAGUGGAAAACACAAUUUUUAGGUUGCUUUAACUCGGUCUUCCACUGACAUCAUCUCUUCUUGUACACACAGG